ACGAUAAUAUCGCGGCAAGAAAAACAUGGCGGUUUAGCGUGUGUGCAUGGGGGUCCGCUACUCGCCUCUCGUCGACGACAAAUGUACACUUUUUUUCCCCGAGCAGACGUCUUGCUGUUGAAAAGGUAUGUUUCAGGAAUAAGAAACAUCACAAAUUCGAAAACGACGAUGUUAAUUUAUCUGUUGUUACUCGCCAACGUGAAAAACAGGGCGGUCCGAGUCAGGAAGACUCUCCACUAAGUGUUGUCAUUGGAGUUUUAAGCUCAGCUUUGUGCACUUUUGGCCUUUAUACAGUAUUAAAACGCAUCUCUAGGAUUAAGAAUCUUAAGAAUGAGUGAAAUAGCUUUCUAUACCUUUGCGUGGAUAUUUCCUUAUUUAUUGUCUGUACGUAACGGCUCCUUAAACGUAACUUAACGGCUUUCCAACUGUCAACGUUGUCAGUCCAGUGGGUGCAUGAACGAGCUGCUGAGGUUUGCACAAAAGACAAUCAUAUAAAAGCUUGUAAUCUUAAACAAGUGUCUAAAAACAACAUAUAUCUAGUAUCUAAGUUAAAAUGGACACUGUUUCAAAUUGUACAUAUGAAAAAGUUUGGUGCACACGCCCAUAUACUCAAUGGUCCUAUAGCAGCUCCCCUUCACUAACUACAUUCUCAGUUUCAUCAAGAAAUACGCAUUUUUGCAGUAUGUUUAACUCGUGACUAAAGUUUGAUUUAAACUGAGUAUUUAGAGAAGAUUCACCUGAGUGUAUAGAGUUUGCAUUUCCACAUGGACACAUAGAUUAAAGUAGUAUGUGGUAGCUAUACAUUCAUGCACUCAUAUCAGAUAGGGAUUAAUUGUUCUUUAAGUUAGUUUAUAAAGCCGGAGGUGUACUGGUAUGAGGUGCAUCAUAUUGAAAAGUGUUUCUAAUAUUUUGCCCCCCUCGACUUUGUCAUUAAACUAGGUGAAAUACAAGGAGCACCUUUCAAUAUAACACGCUUUGUAAAACAAACUCCACCCACUAUGUCUUGUUUAACACCUGUGUAAUCGCAUCAACAAAAGCUGAAAAUGUAGAUGCUUUCUGAAAGAAGAGUUCAUAAUAGAGCUGUUGGGAUAAAUUGCCCAGGUGUGCCUGAAAGUGUGGCAGGUGAGUGCAAUUGCAAGUAUCACUUUGCAGAGCAGCUCCUUUCAUAAUGCUGUAUAGUAGGGAUGCACAAUACAAUCUGUAUAGUAUCGGUGCAGAUAACUCAAGAGGUGGUAUUGACAGGUAACCACAGGAGAGACUUAAGGCUUAUACAGUGGAAAAAAAGUGUGUCUAUAUUGGUGUCGAUAUCAGUAUCAGCCAGAAUACGUUUCAAAAUACCAGCAAAGCCGAUAUCAGCAUAAGUCUAAUAUUAUACGUCUCGACUUUAUCUGAAAGCAAACACACAAAAAGUGGAAAUAGGUGCAAAAGUCUUUCCUUAUUUAUGACUCAAAACCUGACACGGUUUGUUUUUACAAUUUUUAUGUCAGAUAUUAAGCAAAAUCUUGGCUGUAACACAACAGAGCUGUUAUAUAAUCUAUUUUAUAGUUUGUAUGGUGCAAUUAAAGGGAUUAUUAUGUUUCUAAAGUAAAUUUGGCUGGACUGUCUGUGUCUUCAUAAUUACAUUCUUCUACAUCCAUGAAAACAUUCAACACUUUAUUCCACUUUUCAAAGAUAUUACUGUUUGAAAUGGUUGAUGCAGUUAAAUCUGUGUAAUACCACUCCCUCUUGUUGUUUCAAAACCUUUUCCUUUAUUCGAUUUCGAGUUUAAGUUCAUUCAUUUGUUGGAAUGAUCAGUGAGCUCUGACUUUCUGUGUGUCUUUAGGCCAAAAUGUUUCGUCGGUCAAGAUUCAGCAUCCGGCCCAAUGUGGGCUCUGCAGGGAGAGCAGCUGCAACACCGCAGGAAGCCCCUGCAGCGAGCCAAGAGGCCGGUGAGACCCCCAAAGACAUCGGAGAUAGCAACACUGCUACUGCGGUGACUGAAAACAAGCCUGACGUGACUCCAGCAGAAAAACCUGCAGCCUCAGGGUGAGUAAGAAGCAUUCAAUUGUUAUUUUAACAAAAUUCUUAUUACGUUUUAAGACGAUAACUAUUGUGAUUGCUUCUGUUCAGGGACAGGAAUGAUCAAAAUGGAGAAGGUACUAGCACUUCAGCAGCAGUCCAGAGAAGGAAGCGGUUUUCCAUCAAGCCUAAAGUGGCCCCAGGCCGGCUGUCCUCCCUAGCUCGGACGCCAAAGUCUCCUGCCAAGGCGUGCUCUGGAACUCCCGCUGAAACGUAUGUCUCUGAUCUUGACAAACCGACAACGUCCAGCCAAACUGGACCCACAGUUUCCCCUAGAGGACUCCAAUCCCCGAGGCGAAGGAGACCUUCAGAAGACAGCAAGCAGCUCAAGGUUCAGCCGAAACCCACAGACAUUUCCCUUGACAGUUCGGGACCUUCAGCUGUUCCUCGGGUAGAGGAUUUAGAGGAACAAACACCUCUGCCUGCAGAUAGUGGAAAACAAUUUGAAAGCACUUCAGACAGUCUAGUUAAAGAGGCUCCUUCAAGACUAUCUGAUAAAGUCCCCCCCUCUCUACCAGACAAAGAAGCAAUUGAGAUAUCUGAGAAAGCAAAGACUCUAGUAUCAUCUAAGAGCGACCUUUCACUCUCAGCUCCUGCGUACUCUUUAAGUCGACUCCUGAACGACCCGUCAGACAUGCAGAGGAUUGCAAAGGCCCAGAAACUCCGAGACCUACUCAGAAAGGAGAUGCACAAAGAAAAGGUAGAUCAAAAUUACUUUUGAGACUAUUUCUCAUCUUCUACACUUCCUUUCUCAUAUUUUAAUCGAUUUAGUGCCUAAAAAGUGUGUUGACAUUUGACGUUGCAGAAUAAGAAGAAAAAUAAGAAAAAAAAUAAGGUUGGAUUUUCUCUCGAUCCAGCCAAGAUGACCAUGAGGGACUUAAUCCGUUAUCUACCAGAGUCGAACCCGAUGACGUAAGUGUCUCCUGUGCAGCUUGCAGAGGCUGGUGCAAUCAUUAGAGAUAACAUUUUCUGUCAAAUGUACAAAACCCAAUUCCAAUGGAGUUGGGAAGAUAUGUAAAUUGUAAAUAAAAACGCAACACAAUGAUUUGCAAAUCCUUUUCAACCUGUAUUCAAUUGAAUACACUACAAAGACAAGAUAUUUAAUGUUCAAACUCAAACUUUAUUUAACUCAGAAUUUCAUGGCUGCAACACAUGCCAAAGUAGUUGGGAAAGGGUCAUGUUUACCACUGUGUUACAUCAUCUUUCCUUUUAAUAACACUCAGUAAACGUUUGGGAACUGAGGAGACUAAUUGUUGAAGCUUUGAAGGUGGAAUUAUUUCCCAUUUUUGCUUGAUGUACAGCUUCACUUCUUCAACAGUCCAGGGUCUCCGUUGUCGUAUUUUACGCUUCAUAAUGCGCCAUACAUUUUCAAUGGGAGACAGGUCUGGACUGCAGGCAGGCCAGUCGAGUACCCGCACUCUUUUACUACGAAGCAACGCUGUUGUAACACGUGCAGAAUGUGGCUUGGCAUUGUCUUGCUGAAAUAAGCAGGGGCGUCCAUGAAAAGACGUUGAUUGGAUGGCAGCAUAUGUUGCUCCAAAACCUGUAUGUACCUUUCAGCAUUAAUGCUGCCUUCACAGAUGUGUAUGUUACCCAUGCCUUGGGCACUAAUGCACCUCCAUACCAUCACAGAUGCUUGCUUUUGAACUUUGCGUCGAUAACAGUCCGGAUGGUUCUUUUCCUCUUUGGCCCGGAGGACUCAACGUCCACUAUUUCCAAAAACAAUUUGAAAUGUGGACUCGUCAGACCACAGAACACUUUUCCACUUUGCAUCAGUCCAUCUUAGAUGAGCUCGGGCCCAGAGAAGCCGGUGGCGUUUCUGAAUGUUGUUGAUAAAUGGCUUUCGCUUUUCUUAGAGGAGUUUUAACUUGCACUUACAGAUGUAGCGAUGAACUGUAUUUGCUGACAGUGGUUUUAUGAAGUGUUCCUGAGUUCGUGUGGUGAUAUCCUUUACACAUUGAUGUCAGUUUUUGAUACAGUGCCACCUGAGGGAUCGAAGGUCACAGGCCUUCAAUGUUGGUUUCCAGCCGUGCCGCUUACAUGCAGUGAUUUCUCCAGAUUCUCUGAACCUUUCGAUGAUAUUAUGGACCGUAGAUGUUGAAAUCCCUAAAUUCCUUGCAAUUGUACUUUGAGAAAAGUUGUUCUUAAACUGUUCAACUAUUUGCUCACGCAGUUGUUCACUAAGUGGUGAACCUCGCCCCAUCCUUGCUUGUGAAUGACUAAGAAUUUUUGGGGAAGCUGCUUUUAUACCCAAUCAUGGCACCCACCUGUUCCCAAUUAGCCUGCUCACCUGUGGGAUGUUCUAAAUAGCUGUUUGAUGAGAAUUCCUCAAAAUUUUCAGCUUUUUCUGCCACCUUUCCCAACUUCUUUGUCACAUGUUGCAGCCAUCAAAUUCUAAAGUUAAUGAUUAUUUGCAAAAAAACAAUAAAGUUUAUCAGUUUGAACAUUGAAUAUGUUGUCUUUGUUGUAUAUUCAAUUGAGUAUAGGUUGAAAAGGAUUUGCAAAUCAUUGUAUUCCGUGUUUACUUACAAUUUACACAUCCUCCCACCUUCAUUGGAAUUGAGUUUUAUUUAAAAAAUAUACUCAAAAAUUCAGUCUGUGGUUCCUUGUGUGUUUGAUUUUUUUUUUAGAUCUACUUUAGAAGAAACAGUAAACGAGAAUGAGACUGUGAUCCCUCCAUCACCAGGAAGAGAAGAGUAAGUUCAACCUCUUCAUUUUCCAUCAUCUCUUACUAUUAAAGUUUUAACACUAUUACGCUACAGGAGCUGCAUUAUGAUUAACAUUAGUUGUAGCUUUAAGGAGCUUAAUGGUUUUUUUUUGUUGUUUGAUGAGAAAAUUUUGCACUGUCAUCCAUAGAAAAAAAAACAAAAAUUCAUUAGAGAACAUCAUAUCGAAGAGCGCCCUGGAUUCAGUUUAAAUCAAAACCUUAAAAAAUGUUUAAUAGUUGACCUCACAGGUAGAAGGUUGUUUCUCUAACUCCUUUGUCUUCCUUUCUUUCAUGUGACCUCUACAGGUCACCAGAGAGAGCACAGGAACCUGAAGCAGCCCCUAAAGUUUCAACCCCGAGAGAAGAGGAAGAGGAAGAGGCCGAGGCAGAGCCACAGGAAGACCAAGAUGAGGAUGAAGAAGCUCUCAUGGUUCCUCAGGUCAAAGUAGCCGAGGAUGGCACACUGAUCAUCGAUGAGGAGAGGUCAGUGUAGAUACGUCUCUAUGUGACUGAACUCACCUUUGGAUUUUGUAAUCUAGUGGUCAACUCCUCUGUAAGAUUCAGUUUUUGACCCACUGUUAUCCUCUUAACCUGUGUCCCAGCUUGACCGUAGAAGUCCAGCGAGCCAAAGGGCCAAAUCCAGCUCAGGAUCGAGACCCCAUCUUUGAGCGUGGCUCCACGACAACAUACUCGAGCUUCAGGAAAGGGACCUAUACCAAACCCUGGUCCAGUGAAGGUAGAGCUCAUGUCGUUUGUUUGUUUGUUUAUACCUGACACAUUUCCUCUCCUAUACCCGGAAUGUGUGAUUUUAAUGUUGUUUGUUUUUCUCCAUCAGAGACCGAUAUGUUCUUCUUGGCAAUCAGCAUGGUGGGGACCGACUUCUCCAUGAUUUGUCAGCUGUUUCCUCACAGAGCUCGAUCGGAGAUAAAGGUCAGUGCAGAAAACAGGCACAUGUACUUUUCGGAUCAGGGAUGUAACAGCGUGAAAAUCUGAAGUUAGGGUAUUUAUAACUGAAUAAAAAAAAGACAAUGUAACCUUAGAGGAACUGCUUUUUCUGUUGCUCUGAGGAGCCUGAAAAGUCCACCCACUUGUGUUGAGGAAGAUCCACUCUGCUUGCUUGAGGCUCUUUAACUUUACCCUAAGAGUUUAGCUUAAGUGUGACAGUGAUGGGAAUUGACACUUCAGCUCCGGCGUGUUUACUCACCUUGAUCCUUUGUUGUCAGCCACAGAAAAACGUCUGUAGAUCUUUGCCUGCACACUGCAAAAACUCAAAUUAGUGAGUAUAUCCUCAGCUGAAUGUGUGUUCACUGCUUUGACUUGAACCUGCAGAACAAAUUCAAGAAAGAAGAGCGAGCAAAUUCCUGGAGAAUUGACAAAGCUUUCAGUGAGUAAUCAGUCACAAGGCAUGCUGUCCUUUAGGUAUUGCAAAGUUGGAUCUAACUGUGAUUUCCUUUGUAGGAGAGAGGCGCAAACUGGACAUUGAGUAUUUUUCCAAGCUGCUGGAAAAGAUUUUAGAAGUUCAGAAAAACAGGAAGAAACUCAAGGCUUUGGCUAACAAGAACUCCAAGAACUCCAAGAAGCAGAAGAAGAAGACGAAAGGUCAAUAUUAUCAUCUGGGAUUUUACCACAGAGAUAUUCUAACCACUGACUUGUCUCAAGUUGUUUAAAUUUUAGCGAUCAAUGGGUUUUUUAAAAUUUCUUCUACAGGUAAAAAAGCUGCAAAAAUGCUGAGUGAUGUAGAGGAGGAAAACGAGGAAGAAGAGAAUGAUAUACCCGACUUGGAGGGGGAGGGUGAAAAAGAGAAUGAGGCCCUCUGUAACGAAGGAGAAAGCCCCGUUUCUAAGCCCAAGAAGAAACGCAAACAAAAGAACGACGCCUCCAAAGAGGAACCAAAAAAGAAGAAAAAGAAAUCGGACGAAAAAGGCAGUGAACAAGGUACAGAAGACAGAAGAGAUUCAGGGAUUUCUGGGAAAAGUCUUAUGUUUGUGUCGAUCCUCUAAUCUGGUUUAACUGAAUUUAACCCUCCUGUUAUCCUUGGGGUCAAUUUGACCCCAUUCAAUGGUUAUCAUUUUAAAAAUGAUAGUUGACUUUUGUUUUUUUGCUUCACAUUUCAUGACUAUACCUAAUUUGAUGGGGACAACUGAUUUAGCAUAAAAUUAUCACAUUGAUAUAUUUUAAAUGUGCUGUAAACAUAUUGCACGCAUAGGUGUUCCUCUGGGGUCAGUUUGACCCCAAGCUGUUUUGGUUGUGUAAAACUUGCCUGUCUGUGUGUGUGUGAGACCUAACAUCACCAUAUCUACAGGUGCAGAGUUGAUAGUUUUGAGUUGGUACAUAACUGGGAGGUGGAGAAAACAACUAUCCCCUCCAGAACUUUGAUACUUCUCAUGGUGUGGACAUGCAGAAAAAACUUGACUUGUGAACGCCUGCCAAAAUGAGGAAGCCACUGUAGGCUUGCGAGUUGAUCACACCCAAGUCUUUCCAACUACAAAUACCUCUGAAAUGAUCAUCUCAAUACAAUAUUUUCAAUUGAUGGUUCUACGAAGAGCUUGAAUAAUGAAUGUCUUCUGCAUGGCGGACUGUGUGUUUUGUGAGACAUGCUCAUAGCAGCACGUCUACCUUGUUGUUGAAGUCAAUAGAGGGACCAUAAUUUUCAAUUUUUCCAACAAAUAAACAAAGCAACUGACAAAAAAUCUUGGUCAACAAUUGCAUGUAAAUCAUUUUCUGGAGGCAAAUAUACCUGGGGUCAGAUUGACCCCGAGGGUAAAAUGUGUUAGUAAAAUUUGAGGACUAUAGGAGGGUUAAAGAAAAUAGAUGCAUGUAAUUCUGAGGCAACAAUAUUAAGAAUAGUAAUAAGGUGAAAAGGACAGUCAAAGUGAUAAGUUAUCUGUGCAUUUGGACAUUAUUCCUUGUUGCUUAUGACUUAAUUGCCUUUAUAAUCUCAUUCUCAGAUGAAGCCUGUAUUCCUGAAGACUCUGAGGCAGCUCUUCCCGAGGAUCACACAAAUCCAGACAUGUAAUCGAACUUUUAAGAUGUUUUAAAAGAUGACGUUUCUGCGCAUCCUGAGCUGGAUUUAAGUGCUCUAUCUUGUAACAUUCAGGUCUGAAAAAAGCGAGGACACGAAUGCGGCCAAAGACGCUGCAAUCAAGCCGGCUAAGCUGUCUCGAGGCAGAGCACCGAAACCGCUGCUGCCUCUGGGGAGGAAGUGGGGUAAAAAGCUUCCACAGCCAUCGACUAAAGCUGGAGAAGCUUCAGCGGAUAAAGAGGACAAGAGUGUGACCGAUGAAGCCUCUAAAGAGCAGGUAAUUAUCGGAGUCGGUUUGAGAGUCAUCAGUGCUUCUUAACCCCACUAAAAGGAUAUUCUUGUCUUAUUUAGGCAAAUAAAGAUUCUUCACCUUUAAAACAAGCUAAUAAGAAGAAGUCUGAGGAUGAUGGCGACUCCUCUGAAGAGGAGGAGUCCACUGCUCCACCUCCUAGACCUACCAGGUAUGACAGUUUAUCAGAGACUUAAACCUCUAAGCUCUUAAAACAUGUCGAGUAUAAAAACGUAGGAGUUGUUCAUCCACGUGUGUUUCUGUUUUGUAGGUAUGGCCGAAUCCCAAAACCCAUCAAGCCCCUGACUUACCCCGCCAAAGAGGAGACACACUCCUCUGCAUCUGAAAGCACUCCAGCUUCUCCUGCUGCUGCUUCUUCUUCCACUGCCAAGCCUAAAUCCAAACCAGCAGCCAAGAGGGCAAGACCAUCAAAAGUCCAGCCGGUCCAAGAGUCCAAAAAGCCCAAACUGGUCACCCUCAGGGCCUCGCAGUCAGACUCCAGUGAUGAUGAGAACGACCAUCAGUGGGAGGAAUACGAGGCAGAGGAGGAGCAGCACCUAGCAUCUGGUAACGACAGCAUCGCUUCUGCGUUCGUUCCCGCCAGCCUGCGCUCCCAACAUCCUCUGAUCUCAGAAGUGGAGGAGACCAUGGAGGAGGUAUGGAAUACUCCCGGAUGUCAGAAACACACACCGCUCAUUCAUUUUAUUUUGACACGUAUUUUUGUGCAGCAUUAUUUUGUGUGCGUGUUUGUUUUUCUUGUGCACGAUUCUCCAUUCCAUAACUCGAACCCUCCUGUCUGACUCCCCUCAUCCCGCACGUAGCUUGAAAUCUUGGCCAAUAUGCCCGAUGUGUUGGGCAUCUCCCAAGAUGCUUUGUGCCCUGAUGCCUCUUGUGAGCUGGCACAAAAUGAGACAGGCACAGCUGAACCCUGUGAGCAUCAGUUGGACCUGCUGGUUGUAAGUGUCCCAAACCUAAAACCAGUUAUCCCCAGUUAGACUUUGAUUUCUUAAAGAUUUGGAUGUGCUGGUCUAAUUGUUAUAAAGGAAACUUACAAAACAGUGUAACUGGGGUUGUUGUGAUACACAUUUCCAUAUACAUCCCAUCAUUUCUUGGUUAUGUUGGCCUAAAUGAGCAAGGUUUGGUUUCACCUCAGUUCAUUCUUUUCCCUUUCAGGAUGUGAUUGAAUUCCUCUCUGCAGAUCACUCAGAAGGUAUGUGGGAUAAGUUUGCUGAGUAAGCUCUCUAGACAUCUCUCAAACUGAUGAAAAUUAGUAUGAAACAUUUGUUAAGUACAAUUUUUCACCUGGUCUCAAAGGGUUAAUUGUGUUUGCAUCUGUUUUUUUGAAGCAUCUGAGGAUCAGAGCUACAACGAGGCUGCUCAAACCCUGCUGACCAUCGGCAAUCUGGCUCACCUUUCUCACCCGGCGCAGAAUCAAACAAUAGGUAAGAGACAGACAGGGCCAAAUACAAACUUGCAUUUCGAUUCGACAUGUUGGGAUAAAGUUUCUUUAAAUUCAAAAUGUGGCUUUAUGUUUGGUUACAGAAACAACAUCAGUCAGCGUCAGUGAAACUAGUCAGCAUCCACAAGAAGAGACUGAAAUGAAGCCUGUUGCACAAGAGGAAGGCAGUAUCACUGCUUUUGAGUCUGCAGCUUCAGGAAGUGGAGUCACAGAAGCUGUCCCUGCGUUGGAGAUACAAAAAAGCACAGCAGACGCUGAUAACGUGCAAACUAUUGGUCAGCAGGUAGAUUCAGAAGUGGACUCAGCCACCAAACUACAAGCAAUACCAGAGGAUUCAAAGACAGACUCUCCACAAGCCAAGAAGGGGCGUUUAUCCAAGGUGAAGCCAAAACCUAACUUGGGUCGAGCCUCAAGAGCGGCUCAGGUGAAAUCUGGACCCAAGACAUCCACAGCAGAAGAGGUGCACAAAGGGAAUGACGUGCCAUCCCAGUUAGAGGUCAAACCUACUGAUGAGCCAUCUGACAGACAGGAGAGGUCUGCUGCUGGGACAUCAGAUCCGGAGAGUCAUGGACUUGAGGUAACAAGAGAUUUGGGGUCCACAAAUGUUGUUCCAAACUCUCAUGUUGGGACUGUUAGAAGUAGCACAAAUGAUGUGGGGAUUUCUGAUUGUGUCGUCACAGACCCACAGAUCCAACAAGUGACAGACACAAGUCCAACCUCUGUGGAAAAAAGCAGCGAGUCUCCGGCUUCAGGUGAUACACCUGUAGAAGAUUUACCUCACCCUCAGAAAGAAGAGACUGAAGAUUCACCUGCUUCACAGACAAGAAAGAAUCGAUACCAGAGAGUCAAGCCAAAACCCAACCUAGCACAGACAUCAAGAAUGGUACGAUCCAAACCUCAAACCACUGAUGACACCUCAGAGAAAGACUCCAACCUAACUCCAAAGGAACAUGAGGAAGCAAAAGAGGUUCCAGCAGAACCAACCCCCUCUCCUGAAAAACCAAGUCUUAAUCAAGAGUUUUCAUUAACUGAGGCUGGUUGUAGUAAUCCCCUAAAACCAGACUCCAAGGUCACAAAAGCACAAAGUAAACAAGAGUCCAGCAGAGACUGUACCUCAGUUGUUUCCGUAGAGGUUUUAUCUGUUGGUCAGAAAAAAGAAAGUGAAGAUGAAUCCACUUCUCAGACAAGGAAGAGCCGUUUCCAGAGAGUCAAACCCAAACCCAACCUGGCACAGACAUCAAGAACUGUACGAUCUAAACCUCCAAUUGCUGAAGAAACUAAGGCGGAAGACUCCAACCCAAACUCAGGAACAUCAGGGGAACCAACUCACACCACCUCGACUGAAAUUUCAAGUCAGGGCAUUGGCACCACAUCAGCUCUCCCGUUGAAUUUAGAUUCGUCUCUUUCAACCACAGAGGAGUUAUUGAAAACAGAGCUGGAAAUCCAAGAUAUUUGGGUCGAGUCUGGAGCAGAAACAAGCAGUCAGAGUUCCUCAGAAGACCAGACCUACUCUCAAGUUCAGUAUGAACCCAUUAAAGAACAGGCCACCAUGGACAAAAGUCCAACAUCUGAGGGAAACACAGCGUUUCAUGUUGGGGAAAGUGAAAGCAGUUGGAGUGAUUUGCUGACACUGGGCCAGGUAGGCGAAGAGGGGUCGCAAGGGGACUCAGAGCCCAUUCAAGAGACAAGUAACCAACCUGCUUCAUGUUCUACUCAUGUAGAGGAGGCACCAGCCAGUCAGGAACAAGAGAGUGAAGACCCAUCCACUUCUCAAACCAGGAGGAGUCGAUACCAGAGAGUCAAGCCCAAACCCAAACUGGCACAGACUUCAAGAAGUGUCCGAUCCAAACCUCAAACCACUGGUGAAACAUCAGAGAAAGACUCCAAACUGACUCCAUGUCCAAAAGAACUAGAGGAAUCAAAAGAGGUUCCAGCAGAACCAACCCCCUCUCCUGAAAAACCAAGUCUUAAUCAAGAGUUUUCAUUAACUGAGGCUGGUUGUAGUAAUCCCCUAAAACCAGACUCCAAGGUCACAAAAGCACAAAGUGAACAAGAGUCCAGCAGAGACUGUACCACAGUUGUUUCCGUAGAGGUUUUAUCUGUUGGUCAGAAAAAAGAAAGUGAAGAUGAAUCCACUUCUCAGACAAGGAAGAGCCGUUUCCAGAGAGUCAAACCCAAACCUAACCUGGCACAGACAUCAAGAACUGUACGAUCUAAACCUCCAAUUGCUGAAGAAACUAAGGCGGAAGACUCCAACCCAACCACCAACCCAAACUCAGGAACAUCAGGAGAACCAGCUCACACCACCUCGACUGCAAUUUCAAGUCAGGGCAUUGGCACCACAUCAGCUCUCCUGUUGAAUUUAGACUCACCUCUUCCAACCACAGAGGAGUUAUUUAAAACAGAGCUGGAUAUCAAAGAUAUUUGGGUGGAAUCUGGUGCAGAAACAUGCAGUCAGAGUUCCUCAGAUGAUCAGACUUAUGCUUCAUGCUCUACUAAUGUAGAGGAGGUACCAGCCAGUCAGGAACAAGAGAGUGAAGACCCAUCCACUUCUCAAACCAGGAGAAGUCGAUACCAGAGAGUCAAGCCCAAACCCAAACUGGCACAAACUCCAAGAACUGUCCGAUCCAAACCUCAAACUAGCAAAGACAUCACUAACAAAGACACAGUCCUAACUCCAGACCCCUCCAGAACUAAAGCAGACAUUCCUGUCAGCACCAUUUCUCCUGAAAACACAUGUCCAAGCCCUGGUCCAUCACCAUCACUGGAAUCAGACUGUACUCCUGUUUCCCUCUCUCUAGAAAAACCAAGCCCUGGACCUGCCUCAGUUUCAGUACCAUCAUUAGAAUUAAGUUCUGCUGAAAAACUCACAGGGGAACUUUCUUCAGCUGAAGAGCCUGUGUCUGAUGUUGGACUGGACUCAAGCUUGGAAGGGUCUCAACAGAACGUUCCUCAAAGGAGGCAACGAUUUCCCAAAGUCAAACCCAAACCCAAUAUUGGAUCAUCUGUUAAAGGUAGACGGACCAAGAAGACACAGGCAGGUGGUCCCUCAGAACAGGGUCACAUGGACAACACUGGAGCAGAAAGAGAACUUAAACCUACAGAACAGGACAGCGAGAACUUAAAAAUAGGACUUGUUGGUUCAGAAGAGUCUGGGUCUGUUGAAUCAGGGACUGCUUCUCCGUUUACCGAGGAUCUGUCUUUAUUUUCCAACUCAGUGCUUCAAAAUAAAAGCACUGAGACAACAACAGCUGAAGAAGGAUCUGAGGGAGAUAAACUUUCUCAUGAUCAGGUGGAGGCUGAAACUUCCUCACUUUGGGACACCAGUCAGGAUCUGUUUAUUGAAGCCAUGGACACAAACACCGAAUCAACAGAAGAAACAGCUGAAACUGUGGGGGUUUGGUCCUUGGAAACAGUCCAACAGUGUUCUGAAACUGAUCAGCCGACCUCCCAAAGGUAAAACUUGCAUGUUUUCUAUAUCAUGACCCCCUUAAAGCACGUGACUCCCCCUUUACAGAGUUUUGUUUUCCUCUUUAAGCUCUCAGGAUGACCACUUGGAGCCAACAAACUCCCCCAAGUCCCCAAUAAAAGCUCCCCAGAGUCGCCGAGGCUGGUCUAUGAAACCUAAACCCAACCUGGGACGCAGACGCCAACCUCCUCAAAUCGAAGAAGCUCAGCCUAUAAAAGAAACACAAGCAGAAGCAGGUUUGACUCCUUUGAAUGAAAUUAAAUCCUCUGUUUCUAAAUUCUCUCUUGUCUCUCUGUAGAUCACGAAUAUUUCUGCUUCUUCUCAGACUCUGACAGCGGCUCAGUAGGCGUAAAUGCCUCUGUGUCUCACAAACCGGUUUCUGAGCUCCAACCUGAAAUCCAGGACCCAUUAAAGGAGGUUCUUGAACACUCUAUUACCCAGAGCUCUCCACUGAUUGUUGCUGAAUCGCCUUUGGGUUGUGCAUCACAAGUAACUGACAGUUCUACUCAGGUAUUUAUGAACAUUUGCAUCCAAAUAUUGUGCAGUUAUUGCGUCUUUUAUCCUAUUAAAAUUCUCAUCACGGACUGUACAAUAACUCAAAAGUGAAGGACAGCUGUGCUGCAGCUUUGCAGCUUUAGGAAAGCUUCAUUUUUUAAAUUUAGAUCAUGAAAUCUGUCCUCAUCUCUGCUCAAAUCCUUAAACAUGCCUCUUUGAUUCUCCUCAAUCCAAGGAUGCGCCGUCGUCGAGCGCAGAAGGGACCCAGAAUCUUCCAAGUCUCUCGCUAUUUCCAGACAGUAAGUCAAUAACAGAUCGCUCACAUCUGUUCACUUUGUGCUGAGAAUAGCAAACAGUAAACGCACUUUGGUUUGAGCUUCUCUCUCACUCUCGUCCACAGUGCUGUCAGGGCAGCUGCCUUUAGAUCCAGAUGAGCCGUUUUUCACCCUCUGUCUGACGGAGAUCCCGGUCUGUUCUUCAGGAGGGGUGCUUGAAAGUGUGGCCGAGGUCCACCCUUAUACUCCUGUGACAGAUACGUCAGUACAGCAGCAGAGGUUAGAGUGCUUGAAUUUACCUGCUUUGUCCAUGCUUUGACUAGACUAUUUCUGCAGCUUGUUCUCACCUCUCUACAGUGACGCCGGAGUGAAUGUAGCAGCAGUGGACAGUGAGCCUCUGUUUAAAGUUGCUGUACCUGAGUCUGGAGAGGAGAAAGACCCCGUCACUGUUAAAGAUCCUGAGCCGGACUCAGCUGCAUGCACAGUAAGUCAAGUUACAGGGAGCCAGUUGUUGCUGCAGUACCGUCAAACGCCUGAAUGUGUCACUCAUGUCUUGUUCUCACUCAUACCAGGAUUUGAUCAUCGAGGAUCCAGUGAAGCCAGAAGGUAAAGAGAUCGCAUGAUAUGACUGUCUUUUUUUAACAACUGAUACAUGGCACUUUAGAAAUAGUUAAUGUGGAUUUACUUUAUUUGUGGUACAGGGAGUACUGCAGUCCAGUCACCCAGAAUACCGGAGACUAGGGAGGGUAAAGAUGAGACUGAAAUCCCCCCUACAAAGCAGAGACUUCAGGGCACAACAAGAAGAGGUAUGCACUCAAUGACUACUUCUACCACCUGAAGCAGUCUUUUUUUUUUUGUUCCUCAAUGGAGUGCUGCAAAAAUGUGCUCUGACAAGAACUGUCACGAUCUGAAUUAGAGCUUUUAAAUAAUGCGAGCAGCAUCAGUGAAAUGGUUUUUGCCAUAAUUCAGCAGCCUUACCCGCCUCUGCUUCUCAGUCUGUGCAAAUUAGUACAAAAAUUAAAAACGCUUCUUUUUUGAAUGGAGUUUGGUUUGAGUGUUUUUGAUGCAGAGUCAGAAUCUCAAAGCUUUUAAACCUGUGUGUCACACUUGUUUUCUUGUCUUUGCUUGAUUUUUGCAUGGAUAUUUUUUGGCCUUUUGUUUAAACAUCUGUUCCUCAUUUCACCCACCUUCACAAACUUGAAUUUUUUUUCUUUUGAACAGCCAAACAGCAGGUUAAGCCAAAAACUUCAAGGAAGAAACAAGCCAGCGAGGUGGACACUGCUGAGGAGGACGACGUGAUCCUUGUUGAAACUAACACCACUGAGGAAUCAGAGCUGCCCGGCUUUUCUGUGCAGCAGAGGGGAUAUGAUGAGGGUGUCUCUGAGCAACAGGAGAAAGGUAAUAAUCGUAAGAGCACUGCAAAGAGAGCUGUAACAGCUUCGAAGGACCCUGAAGAAAGCGUUUCAGGAGCACAAAAAAGGCAGACAAGAGGGGCUCGGAGCAGGUGAGGAAAAAGCAAAAAAAUGAGAGACGAUAGAAAAUUUCUUCAGCUUCGUGUUUGUGUUGAUUUUAUUUUCAACUAUCCAACAGAAAACCUCCAGGCUCCCUCUCUGAGAAUAAAAGCUCUGCCCCACCAAGCGAUCCUCCACCUGCAAAAGCAGACAGAGCCAAAACUCCUCGUGCAGGACGACGACAAUCAACUUCAAAAGCUGCAACCUCAACAUCAAAUGUGGCUCACGCAUCCUCGACCACACUACCGACACGGACAGAGCUGGACACAGAACCGGCUUUUGACUUUCCACUCCGCUCAGAUUCACCUCUUAACGCCUCUCAGUCUUCAGUCGGGGUAGGGAGGGCGCAAACAUGUCAGAGGGGAGCAGAGGUUUUUACACACGUCUUGUUUCUUUAUCAUUUUUUUCUUCUCAAUUUCAGGCGUCGUCUUCCCAGCAGAGCCUCGACGCCAGCUCGAUAGAAGACGCCACCAGCGUGUCUCAGUAUUUCUUAAGUGACAUUUUCACAGACGCGGAGGAGGGAUGACAGAUGAGAGGAGGAACCUGCCAGCGGCUUUCCUUUUAAAGUUUUUGUUUUGUUAUAUCUGUGAAGUUUAAUUUAUUACUUUGAGAUUCAGUUUGUGUUUACCAGGAAUAACAAUGUGAAGCUAGAAAAAACUACACAAGCACUUUGAACAUUAUAGGGAGAAACUUCCUCAAAUUCCUUUUUUAUUCUUCAGCCGUUAGUUCAAAUAAGCCUCAAAUUACAAACUUCAAUUGUGAAGGGUGAAUCCCUGUUUUGUCUUAAACAGUCGGCAGCUUUUUUCCUGUUUUUUUAUUAUGUGUUUUGCUCAGACUCCCUCAUUUUGUUCAUAAAAUAGCUGUAAAAUGUAAAUAUUGUACAAAUGUUGCGGUAAUUUUGGAUGUUCCUUUUUCACAACUUUUAUUUUUAUGGCCUCAGGAAGAAGAACUCACAUUUCUCAACAUCAUAUCCAGCUGUUUGCUCAAAUUUCGCAAUUUUUUUAGCCUCUUAUGUGUAUUUUUGCGCACAUUAAAUUGUUAAUCUGAUUAGGGCAGAAAUUAAAAUUCAUCAUAUUGCAUCAUUAGAUUUCCCCAGAUUGAGAACAGGGGAUGUUCAACAGAAAAUCCAUUUCAAUGUAUAGACAGAGUAUAUGGAUAUAAGGCGGUAUUGUACAGAUGUUUUGUACUUGAAACAAAAACAGAUCACUCAUCUGCUCGAACUGAUUUCAUCUGUUCACUACUUUAAAACCUGAAAUAAUGUUAGAUAUAAAUAAAAAGUAAUCUUUCACCUCAA